CACGUUUAAAAAACAGUACGCGUUUCCCCGUUGUCGUGGUUGCAGCGACUUCUGGAAGACCGUUCGGGUGAUUUCUGAUGGAUGCUCGAGAGACAGAACUACUGGGUGCCAACGAGAACAUCGUUGAGAUGCAGAAUUUGGAGGAAGAGGACUUUGCUGUUUCAAAGUCAUCUGAUGCUGAUGCACAAUUUGACAUGGUGAUUGGGAACAUUGAAGAUAUUAUAAUGGAGGAUGAAUUCCAACAUCUUCAGCAGUCUUUCAUGGAGAAAUAUUACCUUGAGUUUGAUGAGUCAGAGGAGAACAAGCUCAGCUAUACGCCUAUUUUUAAUGAAUAUAUUGAAAUUCUUGAGAAGCACCUGGAACAACAGUUGAUAGAACGAAUUCCUGGUUUCAAAAUGGAUGCCUUCACCCAUUCAAUUAAUCAGCACAAAGAUGAAGUGUCAAGUGACAUACUUGACAUGCUAUUAACCUUCACUGACUUUUUGGCCUUUAAAGAGAUGUUCAUUGAUUACAGAGCAGAAAAGGAGGGUCGAGGAUUGGACCUUAGUACCGGGCUGGUGGUGAAGUCUUUAAACUCUGCUUCCUCUUCACCUUUGCACUCCAGCAUUGCCUCCCAAUCUAGCUGAACCAGUGAAAAUGGAGACCUUAUGUAAAUGAAGAGUUAACA